GUCAACAACAUGAGAAGAAGAAGAAGCCUCAGUACCAUGAUUAGCUGGUGCUGUUACCCAGUACUGUGUACUGUGCCGUAGGAUGUCUUCUAAAACGGUUCGUAAAUGUAUUGUAGCGUCUUGUAGCAGUACUGUCGGGCUGCACGGGUUUCCGGAGGACCUGGAGGUCAAGCGGAUGUGGGUUCGCGCGCUUCGUUUAUCAGACGGAGACAACAUCCCGCCGGGUUUCGGAGUCUGCAGCAAACAUUUCACUCGGGACUCUUUCUCCAACUACGUCCAGUUCAACAUGGGCUUCAUCAAGCAGCUGUAUCUGAAGAGCACCGCUGUUCCGAUCCUACAGCAGCAGCAGGGAUUCACACUUCUGUCGCCKAACCUAAAGCGAGAAAUUGGCUGUCAGACGGAUCCAGUCCUCACUAAAUAUGCCAGUGUCCAGGUCGACCUGAAGCCUGCCAAGAGAAACAAAGCCAUACAAGCUCGAGCUCCCAGCCGGACUGUGUGCUGCUACACAGAGACCUUCACGGAGCUGUCGCUUCCCCAGAGCACGACCUCACCGGUGAAAAAAGUGAGGAGACAAAGAGGCGGAGCUUCAGCCGAUGACUCCUCCAGUCAUCAGGAUGCAAAAGAACCGACGGCACCGUUAAUGACCUCAUUCAGUGACGURGCCCCCUGGGCCCAGGACCAGACGGACUACGUUGUUGAAGAGGAGCAGCUGCUGGAGCUGUUCGGGACGUGUCCUCUUUGUAAGCAGAGCUGCACCGUGGAGAACACCACCACUGGAACACUCGUGCACAUCAACCAGCAGUGUAACCACUGUGAGUUCACCAACAAGUGGUGCAGCCAGCCGCUGGCCAACAACCCCGAAGGAGACGAUCAGCCGUGUGCUGAGCCUCUGUCCAGUGGAUCCACCGGUCCUCAGACGUCUGCUGAGAAACAAACAUAAUGUUUUGUUGCAGCUGCUACACUACAGUGUGUGGAAGCCCACUAGUGAUUAAAGCCCGUCUGUCAGCAGGAGCUCUACUCUCAUAAAAACUGUAAAAACCUUUGUUUUCAUGUUCUUAUAUUAAAAUYUGACUUCAUUCA